AUGACUCAAGACGCAUAUGUCAUGGGCCGCCAGGAUCCAAACUGCAUUCUCUACAUCAAAAUAUUCUUUAUCCUACCACUUUCGAUUUUAGUAAUUUUGGGAAUCAACUAUAUGCUUGGAACGAGGUCAAUUUCCAAGAUAUUCACCUCAUUCUCAGCUAUGUUUAUGGUACUGUUCUUUACUUUUGGCUUUUGGGUUCUGAUUGAAGACAAUAUGGGAUUCGAUAGAGAAGCUUACAAGGAAUCUCUUGAGAAGUCUGACUGGAGUCCAUUUGUAAAGUAUUUGAGCCUUACUCUGCUGGAACCACUAGCCACACUUGUAUACAUAACCGCAGAAUUAUGGGGUUCCCUUAUUCUCUCCUACUUGUUUCUUUCCUUCUUAAAUGAAUCUUGCUCCAAACGACAGCACGAUCGAUUCAUUCCCCCACUAUUCAUAAUUACUAAUGUCAGCCUAAUCCUAUCAGCCCUCGUAACUACUGGAUUUUUGAAGCUAAAGGAGAUUCUUUCUCCAGCUCAGACAGUUAUAAUGAUGAGUUCUAUCUUCUUCAUCAUAGGCAUCUUAGUUCUGAUCCUUAUGCUGCUCAAGUUCCAUCUAGAAGUCAACAUUAUGAGUAAGCCCAUCUUUAUUCCUUCUCAUGUUCAGCAUGAUAAAAAGAAGAAAGAUAGUGUCGGAUUUGUAGAAAGCCUAAAGAUCAUGAAGCAAUCCAGAUUCCUGUUCUCCAUGUGUAGUAUUGUCUUUAUGUACAACAUCCUGUACAAUUUAUUAGAAUCAGUCUUCAAAAACGGGGUUAAGAACUCGGCUGAGGCCUUAAAUUUAGAAAAAGACACCCACUCAGUCCAUCUAACCAACAUCGACCAAUAUAUUACUGGAAUUGCAGUUAUAUUACUAAACUUAACAUCAUUCUCACAUCUGAUCGAUCUCAAAAGUUGGACAUUUGUAGCUCUAAUAACUCCUGUUGUAACUCUAAUUUCCAUUGUGGUUAUAUUGGGCCUGGGGAUCCAUAAUUCAGCAGCGGAGAAAGAAUCCAUAUCGAUACUUAAUUCGUUCUUCAGUAGCUCUACUCCCAAAUUUUUAUUAGAAAACUAUCUCGGAAUGAUAUGCUUGUCGGCUAUGAAAAUAUUCAAAUACAGUGCAUUUGAUGUGACAAAGGAAAGAAUCAGUAUGAGGAUAGAAAAUCGAUAUCGACCCAAGUUCAAGAUUUGGUUUGGAUCCAUUGGAUAUCUGGGAAAUGCAUACGAUAAAAGCUUAAAGGUUCAUGAGAAUAUUGAUAUCGAUCUCAGAAACGAAGAAUCAGAUGAGGAGGAUAUUGUUCAAGAUAAACUUAAAAAUCCAAAUGACAGUGUAGAAGAAAUGAAAAGGACCUCUAUACAGCUUCUCAAAAUGUUGAGGGUGAGGCAGACCCUACAUAUGCUGGACCUGGUCCAAAGAACCCUACUGGGCCAUAUGACCCCACCAAACCAACAGGGAUGGGGAUUUAUCAACAGAAUACUUCAUCUAGUGGAUCAGUAA